AUGUUAAUUCGCUCGCUUCUGUUCCUUGGAUGUUCCCUAGCAGCCGCUCUUCCUCACCUACCACAUCUUCACCGCCAGGAAACAGACGAUCCAAAUUCCAACGAUCCAACUACCCCUCCUGCUUCGAUCACAGCACCAGCUCGAGAGGAGAACCCAUUCCCCAACGGAUGGCCACAGCUACCAUCCGAGUGUACCGACGCUUCGAAUCCACCUGAGGCUUGCAAAAACGCUUUGCACGCAUCAGAUGGUGGUGUCCAUGCUUUCGGUGGCACCCUACAUCACGAUGGUAGUUGCAAACUCAAUUCAGCUGAUACGAGAGAGGGAUUUCUCGAGACUGCUGAAUGGGAUGCACAAAUACUGGCGCACUACACUCGUUUGACUUCAGAUAUACAUAAUAUCGAAGGAGGUCACUUCUAUAUGGGACCUGACUAUGCAGGCCAACAGCAGCGGAUAAAAGAUAAUUUUGCCGAGCCGCGGAUUUUAAAUUGA